AGGAAACUGCUCUUGCAACAGUUAAAUGAGAUGACCCAGGCAGCAGCCAAAAUGGAAAAGAAAGAGGAGAACAAGAGCUUCACCGAUGUGAUGGAGUACAGUCCAGACACUGGGAACUGGUACAUUCCUGGACUCUGGAAUGGAAACCCGCCAAUGGCAGGUGACAAAAUCCGAAACAAGAAUUUCUAACUACGGUACAGUUGCUGUGAAAUCUGAGGUAUCUGACAUGAAAGUUCUUCUCACACACUUGAAAAGUGAAGCUUGCACAAUGUUGUCUAAAUGGGAGACAAAACUCCUUGACAAUUUGACUCAGUACUUCAAGCAAACAGAGGGCCAUGUCUAUUUAGUUGAACAAUUCAGAGAGGACUUUGCAAACAGUGCAAAAAGCCUUCGGCAAGAAAUGGAGCGCUCUGUACUUAAUCAGCUCACAGCAGC